AUGCCUAAACUCCACGAACUAACGGGCCAAAUCACCAGCAAAGAACCCCGUAAAGUCUAUGAUAAAAAAAGCCCUUAUCACGGUAAUACUCAUUAUAAACUCCAAGCUCUCAUUGAGAAUAAAAAGAAAGAAGAAAACCUCUUUGUUUAUCCUAAUUUAGUUAGCCCAGCCAUCUUUCAGACCGUGGAACAAAGUCAGUAUAUCGAUAAAAGAUAUCUUUUUUUUUGCACCAAAAAAGCCAAAGG